UCUGGGAUUGGUCACUGGGCUUCUGUCCUGUCUAGCGCCUGGCACUUAAAAUCUCAGGAUAUCUGUUGGAUCUGGGUGUUUUCUCUCCUGCCUGCCGGUUAUCUGCAUGAAAGCUUUUUAAACUGGUUCAGUUACAAUGUGUACAGGGAAAUGCUCCAGAAUCAUUGGGGUGCUCCUGUUCCCCCUGGGGAUAUGCGCAAUCGUUGCCAAUCUUCUCCUGUAUUUUCCCAAUGCUCAGAUUCUGGAGGUGGAUCAAAUAACCGAUUUUGUCUGGUUCUUCCAUGGUAUCGUCGGAGCUGGACUUCUGGCUUUUCUGCCCGCAUUUAUGAUGUUGGGGGCUGGAGGUGACGGGUGCUGUGCAAACAGAUGUGGGAUGUUGUUAUCAGUCCUGCUGUCGGCUCUGGGGGCUGCCGGGGGACUGUACUGUGUCAUUAUCUCAGCCAUGGGCUUGAUACAGGGACCUAAGUGUGACACUGGAAAUAACAUGUUUAUAUAUCCCUUCAGAAACACCACCGAAGAGGAGAACUAUUUGUUUAACCCAGAGAUCUGGGACACAUGCAGGGAACCUGAAAACAUUGUGCUGUGGAACAUCGUCUUGUUCUCUAUCCUUCUGGGUAUCGGCGCCAUUCAAGCCAUUCUGUGCCUCAUUCAAGUCAUCAAUGGCCUUAUUGGAUUUCUGUGUGGCACAUGCAUGAGGAAGAGAAAGACGGGAGUUGCUUGAGCUGCGUGACACCGGACGGCUGAAAAUUAAGCUGAAAAUGACAAUAUUGUGUUUUUGUAUUUGAAGGACACUCGGGAAAUUAACAUUAUUCUAGGAAAAGUUAAUAUAUAUAUAUAUUUGUAUACAUGUAAUUGUGGAGAACCUGGAAGUCAAUUUCUCUAUGUUGUAUAAAUUCUAAAACUGAUAAAAAACAUUCCUGCACUAGUUGAAGACAUAAUGUAGCCGUGUGCCCACAGGGGCCACAAUAAGGGCAUCAUACGUGUAUCGUGCGUAAUUCUAAGGUACCGUAUAUACUCGAGUAUAAGCCGACCCGAGUAUAAGCCGAGGUACCUAAUUUUACCUACGAAAACUUG